UCUUACUCGCAAAUCAAGGGGAAAUACCAGCAAAAAGGAGUCUACAGCACUCGGUGUUCCCAGGCGGUCACCCAUCCAAGUACUAACCGAGCCCGACGUUGCUUAACUUCAGUGAUCGGACGAGAACUGGUGCUUUCAACGUGGUAUGGCCGUAGA